AUGUGUGCUUACCGUACUACAUCCGGCAUUUUGAAUGAUUGUGGACUCGCGGACCCUGCUUCCAUUGUCGAGACGCGUACAACGGACAUUGGUCAAGUGGAAUACUUUGUUCACUACUUGAACUUUGAUCGCCGCCUUGAUGAGUGGGUAUCAGUGGAUCGCAUUGACACUACCUCUAAGUUUGUCGUCCCUGCUCCUUUUGAUGGUGUUUUGCUUGUUCCCGGUCAGAAUGAUGGACGGCUUACUCGCCAUCAGAAACGCCGCUACGAGGAGAUGAACACCCCGCCAUCAGAACUUGACCCUGCAAACACCAUUACAGAACGCCUAGAACGCGAGCAUCAAGAGUUCACUCGUGUCAAGUUCAUUGACCAGGUUCAUUUCGGCAAGUACGAGAUUGGUACUUGGUAUUUCUCGCCCUAUCCUGACGAGUACAGGCGGCUGAAAUGUUUGUGGAUCUGCGAGUUUUGCCUCAAGUACAUGAAGAUGGAGAAGACGUGGGUGCGUCAUAUGCUGCACGAGUGCAGACAGCGUCAACCGCCGGGGCGAGAGAUCUACUGCAAGGGCUCUAUUCGGGUUUUCGAAGUCGACGCUUCUAAGGAGAAGUUGUACUGCCAGAAUCUCUGCCUCCUUGCAAAGCUGUUUUUGGACCAUAAGACUCUCUACUACGACGUAGCGCCCUUCCUCUUUUACGUCCUCUGUGAGGCUGACACUGACGGCUGCCAUGUCGUAGGCUACUUUUCCAAGGAACGUAUUUCGGUAGACAACAAUAAUCUUGCGUGCAUUCUCACGCUUCCGCCCUUUCAGAGGAAAGGUUAUGGCAAAUUUCUCAUUACUCUCAGCUACGAAUUGGCGAAAAUCGAAGGUAUCAUCGGUUCACCUGAAAAGCCCCUCUCCGAUCUUGGUCGACUGAGUUACAAGAGUUAUUGGGAAGGUGUCAUCUUUCGCUACCUCUUAGCCCACACCAGCUGCACUAUUGAGGAGAUUAGUAUCAGCACUGCUACUUGUAUCGCACCGGAGGACAUAAUAUGGACAUUACAGACGCAUGAGGUCAUUAAGAACUGGCGCCACGGACGUCAUUUGGAACUGAGUCGUCAGGCGCUGAGCGAGUACAUGACGCGGAUAGUGGGACGGGAGCUGAGGGAGGCGCGCGGUGGUGGCGAGGGGGCUGCAGCAUCUCCCCUCGUCUUCGAUGUCUCCUGCCUCCGAUGGACGCCACCACCAUCGUCCCGGCCGCUGACACAAUUAUCACCACACUCACAUGCGGUGGUAUGUGUUACCACGGCCCAGGCCUCCACAUAUGAAAUUCAACAGGAGAGUUAUCCAGUAAAAAUAUGGUGGCAGUGUCAGGGUGUACCAAACCUGCAGACGCAGAAGGUAAAGUACCUGGAGGAAGCGACGAAAGCCUUCUACCUCGCCCGUCUGGCGGGUAAAGCAAGGAUCGAUCGCGACCUUGCCGAUCACGUCCCACCCGCCUCCAUCCUCAACAACGAGCGCUACAUGAAGAUAGUCCAGCAGGUGAUCGAGGAACCGCAAGACAAUCUGGGGAGUCAGUUGAUGAUGCGAAUUAACUGCGAACUUUUCAACGAUUUGGAGUGGGUGCAGAAGGACUACGACAUUGACCUCUCCCGCAACACCAAUGGGGUGCGUGGGUUGCUUGAUAUUAUCUACCGUAUAGGUCUGUGCGUACGUGGUAUCGACAAGCACCUCAACUGUCCUGACCCCUGUCGGACGAAGGGGUUAAAAUUCUGCAGGAAGGCAGUACACUCGAUUGGAAUUUGCGGAGCCUACGUGCCGGAGGAACUGCGCCUUUACGCAGCCGAAAAGGAGGAGGAGAACGCGAAAGCGUUAUCGGGGGACUUUCGCCGCUGGCAUGCCAUGAUCCCCCCAGCCAACCGCAUGCCCAUCUCGUUCUUCGAACACUUUGUUGGCAGAAAGGAGCUUUUUGUCAAUGCCUUUGAGGCCCAGCUUGCUGCUCUCAAGGUGCCCUUCUGCAUUUGUGAACCAUUCUACACGUACGACCGCGUGAAGGAAGUGUGCGUGGAGGACAAGGCGGACUAUGCCUGCGGUGGUGGAAAUCCCUGCAUGAACGGUGGUGAGUGCCAAAAGGCCCUGCAAACGGGCAAUGUCGAGUCAAGUGGCGAUGGUGAAGAGGAAGGAGAGGAGGAUGUGGAUCAGAAGAAUCAACUUUUCGUUUGUAAAUGUCUGCCCGCCUUCCGUGGCGACCUCUGCGAGAAUGAUUUCGAUCCUUGUGCAGGGGGUACCGGGGUCAAGACCUGCCAGCCCUUCAAGUGUGUUCGAGUACCAGAGGACCCAUACAACGGGUUCAAAUGUCUUUGUCCACCAAAGACACACAAACCCAAGAAUCCCACUGAACCCGUCUGCGUACCCAUUGCUGCCUGCAAGAGUGGAGAUCUUCAGAGUGGUCCGUGUCGGGCAGGUGGACGGUGCGAACAAUUGCCCACUGGCGAUCCGCUUGAUUACAAGUGCCACUGUCCACCGGGCUACGGGGGUCGAAACUGCGAGGAUGCGCCGCCCGACCCCUACUGGUCCUCAUGGAGCUCAUGGGGCCUCUGCAAGUGGCCGAGAGUCGCCGAAGCUUGCUUUCAACGUGCGUAUCAGGAGUGCACUCGCCAAUGCAUAGUCCACUCACCAGGUCAGGUCUGUCAGGGGCCUGGUAGACGCAUCCGAUACCGUGUUUGCGACCUCAACUCUGAUGACGAAGCGGUGACCAAGUCCAUAACGCCAUCCCAAAAGAAGGACCUUCAAGUAGCCUUUUCCCUUUGCGCGCUGAGUUCUACCUCCCAGGCGCCGGGCGGGCGGAAGUUGGAGGAGGCAAGCCUACUGGACCCGAUGCGUGACCUCAACGCGCUGGACGAUUGGGCAAAUGCUGGUCCCGAGGAGGCCACCUACACUCUCCUGCCAGCUGUUUUUCGCCUCUUCGAUCAGGCGGCGCUAGAGGCAGUCAACUGGCCCAGUCUCUCCGACCUUGUCUACCUCACUGGAUGGAUCUAUGCCUGCAUCCUCCUUCUUGCUCUUGUCUUCGUGUGGACAUACCUCCUUCGGGUGUGGAUCCUUCGGUACUACGGUGUCGAUGUUGACGCUUAG